ACCAAAAUGUAUAUGCACCGGCAUGUAGCCCAAGUUCAUUUUCUUUUGUUUAUUACUAUUUCUAUUAUACUACGAUAUUUAUUUCCAAGUUGACAAAUAAAAUAAUACUAUUAUCCUUAUUCACGCCAUGAAUUUCUAUAAUUCCUCCAUUGCUUUGACUUCAACAACUCUCCUGUUUACAUGUACCUCCAACAAGUAAUAUAUUGGCAGAUUCUGUUCGAACUUAGCACAUACGUUCGCUCGGACUGCGAUCAUUUUUAAUAGAUUGGGAGCGUUCGAAGACUCAAAUGAAAGUGAAAGUGUGAAGUUUUUUUUUUUUUUUUUUUCUUGAAUCUUAAUACAAAAUAUUGAAGAAUAUAUAGUGGACAUUUAUGAAACAUGAUUGACCAUGAAGAAACACAUAAAGAAAUCUCGGCUCCACUUAUUGAGAAGCAAGAGAAGGAGAAAUAUUCACACUAUGGAGAUGAUGUUACGAGCAGUUCGCAGUCAGAAAAUUCACCAAUCGAACAAGUAUCUCUUACAGUUCCAAUCACUGAUGAUCCAACGCUUCCAGUGGUCACAUUUAGAAUGUGGGUACUUGGAACACUAGCUUGUAUUUUCCUUUCAUUUCUCAACCAGUUCUUUUGGUUUCGUCGAGAGCCUCUCUCGAUUAGCUCAAUCUCAGCUCAAAUCGCGGUAGUACCUCUAGGUCACCUCAUGGCUAUGACGAUCACAAAUAGAGUAUUCUUUAAAGGAAGGAAAUUUGAAUUUACGAUGAAUCCAGGACCGUUUAAUGUGAAAGAGCAUGUAUUGAUUACGAUUUUUGCAAACUCAGGCGCUGGGAAUCCUUACGCGAUUCACAUUGUUAGUGCGGUCAAGGUUUUCUAUAAGAGGAAUGUGACUUUUUGGGUUUCGUUGAUUGUUGUUCUGACGACUCAGGUAUUGGGCUUUGGAUGGUCCGGGCUCUUUCGGAAGUAUUUGGUGGAGCCCGCCGCUAUGUGGUGGCCCCACAAUCUUGUUCAAGUUUCUCUUUUCAGGGCGCUUCAUGAAAAAGAAGAGCGAGCCAAGAAUGAAUUGACGCGAAACCAGUUCUUCCUCAUUGCAUUUUUAUGUAGCUUUGCUUACUAUGUCUUUCCAGGUUACCUUUUCCCGAUGCUAAGUUCCCUUUCAUGGCUAUGUUGGAUAUUCCCAACUUCUGUCCUUGCUCAACAGUUGGGUUCGGGGCUUCAUGGUCUUGGUAUCGGUGCCAUUGGAAUUGAUUGGUCUAGUAUAUCCUCUUAUCUCGGAAGCCCACUGGCUAGUCCAUGGUUUGCUACUGCAAACAUUGCUGUUGGAUAUUUUCUCAUAAUGUAUGUUGUUACACCUUUUAUGUACUGGUCUAAUGUGUACAAAGCCAAAACAUUUCCAAUAUUUUCAGACGGCCUCUUCACAUCAGAUGGUCAAAAGUACAACAUCUCAGCCAUUAUCGAUCCAAAUUUCCAUAUCGAUUUCAAUGCAUAUGACCUUGAGGGCCCUCUCUACCUCAGCACUUUCUUUUCAAUGACUUAUGCAUUCAGCUUUGCUUGCCUCAGUGCUACAGUUGUUCAUGUCUUCCUCUUCCAUGGACGAGAUAUAUGGCAGCUGAGCAAGUCUGCUUUCCAAGAGAAGAAAAUGGAUAUUCAUACAAAGCUAAUGAGAAAAUACAAGCAAGUUCCUGGGUGGUGGUUCUUAAGCAUUCUUCUCGUAAAUAUUGCUGCAACAGUAUUUAUAUGUGAAUAUUACAAAUCUCAGCUCCAAUUACCAUGGUGGGGUGUCUUGCUGGCGUGUGGUCUUGCUUUCUUUUUCACCCUUCCAGUUGGAGUCAUCACUGCUACUACAAACCAAACUCCUGGUUUGAAUGUGAUAACGGAGUACAUAAUAGGGUACUUAUACCCCGGUUAUCCAGUAGCUAACAUGUGCUUCAAGGUGUACGGCUACAUCAGCAUGAAGCAGGGAUUGACCUUUUUACAAGACUUAAAGCUUGGACAUUACAUGAAGAUUCCUCCUAGAGCAAUGUUUAUGGCUCAGGUUGUUGGAACGCUGAUAUCAGCUUUAGUGCAUCUUGGAACAGCAUGGUGGCUCAUGGAAACUGUGCCAGAUAUUUGUGACAGGGCUUUGCUUCCUCCUGGCAGCCCGUGGACCUGCCCAGGCGAUCACGUAUUUUAUGAUGCCUCAGUCAUCUGGGGUUUGAUUGGGCCGCAAAGAAUUUUUGGAAACCUUGGCCAUUACUCAGCCCUAAACUGGGCCUUCUUAUUUGGAGCUAUAGCUCCUGUCAUUGUUUGGAUCACGCACAAGAGUUUCCCUAACCAGCAGUGGAUCAGGUUAAUCACAGUGCCUGUGUUAUUAGCUGGAAUAAUACAGAUGCCACCAGCUACUUCUGUAAACUACAACAGUUGGAUCAUCAUAGCUUUUCUUUCUGGAUUUGUUGUUUAUAGAUACAAUCGGAAAUUGUGGAGUCGUCACAAUUAUGUUUUAUCUGGGGCGUUAGAUGCUGGAUUAGCGUUUAUGGGAGUAUUAUUGUAUUUAUGCUUGGGAAUGGAGCAUGUUAGGCUUGACUGGUGGGGAAGUGAUGCAGAUCGAUGCCCAUUGGCUAAAUGUCCGACUGCUGAGGGGGUUGUGGUUAAAGGAUGCCCAGUUUUUUAAGUGAUCAGUGAAAAGAUGUGCGUGCACUUAUUCGAGUUGUUUGAUCAUUCUUUCAGUGUAUUAUGUUUAGAUUUUUGAUGCAGAUGCCUACGUUUCUCUUUAUUGAAAGGGAAUAGUACAACAUGGAUGGACACAACAGUUAGAUGACUUACAUAUACUUUUCAAGAAGAGCCAUCAUCAUGGACCAGUUUCAGGGAUGUGUAUCCUCUAUCCUCAAAACUCGGUACAAAUGAGACGCGCACGUGGCUCCCUUGUUGUGUUGAUUGUCAUUUCUCGAACUGCAUUUCAGGCUUAUUCUGGUGCAAAUGUUUGGUAUUCUUCAGUGAAUUUGUCCUAAAAUUCGCGAGAUUCGUUCAUCAUUUGAAAGGAGCUUGAAAUGCUAAGGCCUAUUUGGAAUGCUGUGUAUCAAAUUGUAAUGCAGUGUAUAUUAACUAACUUUGCCAGGAAGUUCUGAUUCAGGAAAAUGCCAUGUGAAUUUGUACUCUGUUUGAUGAAUUUUUCAAGUUUA